CAGCGAAAUGGACAGCAUGUCGCAUGUAGUCCCCUUCACGUCGCCACCUAUAGUCCUCAACACCCACUUACUAAUUAUGUAUAAAAAGAUUUCAUUCAUGAGAGAGAGAGAGAGAGAGAGAGAGAGAGAGAGAGAGAUAUGGGAAGGGCAUUGGCGUUGGUGAUAGCCGCUUGUCUAUUGAUUGGGUGCAAUGCCAUGGAAGCUUGGAAAAAAGAUGCAAAAGUCAUCCGAGUGGGUGGGAAGGUCAUGUGCCAAGACUGCAACCAGAGCUGGAAUGAAUGGGUACAUGCGGCCACUCCUCUCAAGGGCUGCAGGGUUGCCAUAACUUGCAUGGAGCGAGGAAGAGUGGUCUACUACACAAGCGAUGAGACUGAUGAAGAGGGUGAAUUUGAGAUGCAUGUCAACAAAUACAUCAAUGGGAAGGAACUGAACUGUGAGGAAUGUCGGGUGAGGCUAAUGUCAUCGCCUGACCCGCAAUGCAACGUUCUCACCAAUUUCGGCGGGGGCCAGACUGGCGUGAAGCUCGCUCAACCCUCUCAUGUCCAUCGUGAUUUGAUUAAGUACACACUCACCCCAUUCUACUUCACAUCUCUGAUGUGCGAUGAACCCGACACGACUAUAUCACAGGACCAAGGAAGCAACUACUGAUUGAUUUUUUCUUCCUUUUAUCAUGUUUGCUUUAAAUGGAAUUACGGAAGAGCUAUUUUCUUAUUUGUCUAUUUAUUGUGUUAAUAAUGGUUAGGGGAUAUAUUUGAGGCAUCUUGAAUAAUUAAAACAGGUUUGUAGCAUCUAUUAACUUUGGAAGUAUGUGAAAGUGAAAUUAUUGAGUAAUAAUCUAGUGGGCUAGGUGCAUGGAAAGCUUUCCAUGCAUAUUGUUGCAUUCGGAUUUUUUGGCGUUCAUAUCACUUCAGU